CUGCACACAUCUCACCUUUCCUAUCAACCCCACAAGCCUCUGGCACAAUGAAGUGGGUGACCUUCCUCCUCCUCCUCUUUGUCUCUGCCUCUGCUUUUUCCAGGGGUGUGUUUCGACGAGAUGCACACAAGAGUGAGAUUGCUCAUCGGUUUAAUGAUUUGGGAGAACAACAUUUCAAAGGCCUAGUCCUGGUCACCCUUGCCCAGCAUCUCCAGAAAUGCCCAUAUGAAGAACAUGUGAAAUUAGUGAAUGAAAUAACCGAAUUUGCAAAAACAUGUGUUGCUGACGAGUCUGCUGCAAACUGUGACAAAUCAAUUCAAACUCUUUUUGGAGACAAGCUCUGUUCCCUUCCAAGUCUUCGCGAAACCUAUGGUGAACUGGCUGACUGCUGUUCGAAACAAGAACCCGAAAGAAAUGAAUGUUUCCUGCAACACAGGGAUGACAACCCCAACCUGCCCCCAUUUGUGAGGCCAGAUGCUGAGACCAUGUGCACCUCCUUUCAGGAAAAUUCAGCCUCAUUUAUGGGACACUAUUUGUAUGAAGUCGGCAGAAGACAUCCUUACUUCUAUGGCCCAGAGCUCCUUUACUAUGCUGAGAAGUACAGUGCCAUCAUGACUGAGUGCUGUGCAGAAGCUGACAAAGCUGCCUGCUUGACACCAAAGGUUGAAGCUCUGAAGGAGAAAGCAUUGUCUUCCUCUGUCCACCAAAGACUGAAGUGCUCCAGUAUUCAGAAAUUUGGAGAGAGAGCUUUCAAAGCAUGGGCAGUAGCUCGUAUGAGCCAGAAAUUCCCCAACGCUGACUUCACAGAAAUUAGCAAAUUGGCAACAGACCUUACCAAAGUCACCCAGGAGUGCUGCCAUGGUGACCUGCUUGAAUGCGCAGAUGACAGGGCGGAGCUUGCCAAGUACAUGUGUGAAAACCAAGCAUCUAUCUCUAGCAAACUGCAGGCUUGCUGUGACAAACCAGUGUUGCAGAAAUCCCACUGCCUUGGUGAGGUAGAAAAUGAUGACAUGCCUACUGAUCUGCCUUCAUUGGCUGCUGAUUUUGUUGAGGAUAGUGAAGUGUGCAAGAACUAUGCUGAGGCCAAAGAUAUCUUCCUGGGCAAGUUUUUGAAUGAAUACUCAAGAAGGCACCCUGACUACUCUGUUGCCUUGUUGCUGAGACUUGCUAAGAGAUAUGAAGCCACAUUAGAAAAGUGCUGUGCUGAAGCUGAUCCUCAUGCAUGCUACGGCAAAGUGCUUGAUGAAUUUCAGCCUCUUGUAGAAGAACCUAAGAACUUAGUCAAAUCUAACUGUGAACUUUUUGAGAAGCUUGGCGAGUAUGGAUUCCAAAAUGCGCUCCUAGUUCGUUACACCCAGAAAGCACCUCAGGUGUCGACUCCAACUCUUGUGGAAGCUGCAAGAAACCUAGGAAAAGUGGGCAGCAAGUGCUGCGUGCUUCCUGAAGAAAAGAGACUGCCCUGCGUGGAAGACUAUCUGGCUGCAAUCCUGAACCGUGUAUGUGUGCUGCAUGAGAAGACCCCAGUGAGUGAGCAGGUCACCAAGUGCUGUACUGGAUCUGUGGUGGAAAGGCGACCAUGCUUCUCUGCUCUGCCAGUUGAUGAAACAUAUGUCCCCAAGGAAUUUAAAGCUGAGACUUUCACCUUCCAUGCUGAUAUCUGCACACUUCCAGAGAAGGAGAAACAGAUGAAGAAACAAACGGCACUUGCUGAGCUGGUGAAACACAAACCCAAGGCUACAGGUGACCAGUUGAAGACCGUGAUGGGUGAUUUUGCAGCUUUCUUGGAUAAGUGCUGCAAGGCUGACGACAAGGAGGCCUGCUUCUCUGAAGAGGGCCCAAAACUUGUUGCUGCAAGCCAAGCUGCCUUAGCCUAAACACAUCACAAUCACAAGCAUCUCAGUCUACCCAGAGAAAAAGAGAGACAUGAAGACUCAAGCCUUACUCAUCUUUUCUGUUGGUGUAAAAUCAACAUCCUAAGGAACACAAAUUUCUUUAAACAUUUGACUUCUUUUCUCUGUACUGCAAUUAAUAAAAAAUGAAAAGAA